CCCCAAAAACUCUCACUACGUUAUUAUUAUUAUUAUAAUAUAUUCCGUCUGUAAGUAACCAUACGCUGCUCCUUUUGCAGCAAAGCACAGAUUACUCUUAUCAGGUUUCUUUCUUUAAAUCCCGCGUUUCCUUUGUUUUCUCUCCCAAAAUCUCACUCUCUGUCCCCGUUAUAUGACUCUGGAUUUCCACCACUUCGACUACCUACUUUCAGGGCCCCAAUUUUCUGCAAGUUUCUCUCUUCCCCCAUACACUCUCAAGGUAGGAAUUUGUUCAAGAAAGAGAGACGUUAUUGGUUUCCCAAGUACCUGUUCCCUCGUACAUCUUCCUGCUGCCACAAUAGUUGCUUUCUUCACAUAAAGUUUUAGCACAUUUGGGGUCAAUUCAUGAAUUGAAGCAGCAGUGGAGGGUUGUGAAGGGAUCAAGAUAUAUCAAGCACGUUAGUAUGGGUUCCGUUUGCUGUUGUUUACGAGCGGAUUAUGAAGAUUACAGCAAUCCAAACAGUUCAGUUUAUAGAAACUGCAUAUGCCUCCGUGGUUUUCUCCAUAACUUCUUACAUAUGUAUACAUCAAUAUUUCGAAGAGAGGAAGAACAUGCCACUCCUUCAACCAUUCAGGGGACCACUUCUUUGACUUCUACAACAUCACCUGACAACUCUCUCUCUGACAUGUACCGUUCUCCUCCAAGGCCUUUGCCCUAUGAUGCUGACUCCAGAUAUUUCCGCCUGCCACGGGAUGGACUGGUCUCAAGACGGGAGAAGGGAUCAAGCCGUUCACAUGAGGAAACUGAACCACUAAGAAGAAGUGAUACUGAUGCAGAUUCAGAACCUCUGAGUAUUCGAGAAAAAUGGAACGAGUUUACCUGUGAAGAAGGAUCAAAAGAAUAUCUAACCAGAUCCUCACUGAAGCUCUCAACUACAAAAACAGCAACUGGAUUUGAGCAUAUUUAUUCUUCAGAAGAUGAAGAUGUCUGUCCAACAUGUCUUGAAGAAUACACAUCAGAAAACCCCAAGAUAAUAACGAAAUGCUCUCAUCAUUUCCACCUUGGUUGUAUAUAUGAGUGGAUGGAGAGAAGUGAAAGCUGUCCAGUCUGUGGCAAGGUGAUGGCAUUCGAUGAGCCGAUAUGAUUUCAGUUACGAGAGGGGGAGCAACAAACAGGAAGGGGGAAUGGAAACAGAAAAUGUACAGUCCUUGUGAAUACUGCAGUUUGUGUUUCAUAUACUGAAUGUGAACUAUUCUUGAGCUGAAUUCUGUCCGGACGCCUUCUUUUUC